AUGCUUCCGAUGUCAAGUCGCGGUCUGAUUUCGCGCCUAUUCGAGGUCAGGGUUUUUCGCAAAUUCACGUCGGAGUCAACUCUUAAUCAUAUUUACUGGCUCUCAUCAGGCAGUAUUUAUCGCAACCUUGCCUUUGAGACCACUCUUUUCAACACUACUGCACGCUAUGCCAAGGAACCGUCUUUGCAGAUGCGACCUGCGGACGUAGUGAUAUGGCGCUCGGAUCCCUGCGUGGUGAUUGGACGCAACCAAAUCCCCUGGCUCGAGGCCAACCCUCGAGAGGUGGAGGGUCGAGGAUGGCUUCUGGCCAGACGAAUGUCCGGAGGCGGCGCUGUCUUCCAUGAUCACGGCAACCUCAAUAUUAGUUUUCUAGAGUCCCGAAAGUAUCUUGAUCGCCGCAAAUGCAUGGAAUUUCUGCAGCAGACUCUGAUGUCUAAGUGGAGGAAGUUAAAUGUGUUUAUCGGUCCACGGCAUGAUCUCUGGCUUCUGCCUCCCGAUUUAUCGGUAGAUGUGAAUGAUAAAAAGGUGCCUGAUGUGGCGUCCAAGUUUUCUGGGUCAGCGUCCAGAUACUCGUCUACCGCAGGACUGCACCACUGUACCCUCAUGUUUAACACAGACAUCAAUGCCAUGUCCGCUGUCUUGGAGCCGGCUGUGCCGGAGAUAGCAACUGCAGCCUUGCGCAGUAUUGCCAGCCCUGUAAAGAACCUUGGCGUCGCUGAAACCGACUUGAAGUCUACACUCAUCGAGGCAUGCGUUAAGUGGUUGGCACCUGAAACUGCGGCUGAUAAAGUGGAAUUAGUCACCGUAAAUGCUGGUGAAGAGUGUGAGUGGGUCAAUGCAAAAGACUUUGAGGCGAACCUAACCACCUUCCAGUCCUGGGAUUGGAUU